GGUGAAAAUCUUCGUGUUUCUGCCACGAUUCACCUUUCCAUGCGAUUGUCCGUUGGUGUUGUUGCUCCGAUCGCGGCCAUGCGUGUACAGAUAUGACGCGCCUAUAGGUGAAAUACGCGCGUAUCAACAAGCAGCGUUUUCUUCGAUGACACUGUCGUUGAUCGGUGACGAUUCCUGGGGCAACAGCUGAACAUAUCGCGAGGGGAAACGAUACACGGACUUCUCCGAUUGUCUCGAUUUCACCGUCGAUUCUCGUUCGUUCUAUAAGGUUAUAGAUAAGAAUUCUCCCGCGCUGUGGGACAUGGGUGCGAAAGACGUAGAACGUUGAACGAGAAAUGAAGUUAAGUGACCUUAAAGUGCGGAGAUCGUGAUUCUAACGAAUGGCUUGAGUUUUUCUUUGCGAUUGUGAUGUUAAUUCGCGCAGAAGGAAAUUUGGGAAGAAGAUCUUGAAGGAGUCAACUUUAGUUCUACUUGGUAUCAGUGUGAGCGAAGCGUAAUCCUUGUGCAAGGACAAUGUAGGAACUGUUGGUAGAAUGUGCCAAGUAAAUAUGGACACUCUGGUGAAAAAUUUGAUAGUUAUGCAUUAAGCAUAUUAGGGAUAUGCCUUGUACGAUCAGGAAAGGACUGAAUGAGUGAACAAAAUUAUAAGGAAUGAUAUUCUCUUUGAGUCUAUUGGAUGUUAGAUAAGCUAAAAAAUGUCUGGUGAUUCAGGAUGGAAUGCUGUUAUUCACCAUCCUUCAGAAUUAGAAUUACAGAAUUGGAAUUGGGAAGAAAACGAUGGGGAGCAAGAAAGGGAGCUCCCUUCGACUGUUGAUAUGGAUGCUAUAAAAGGUGGUGGUAGUUGGGAUCCGACUACUGAACCUAAUGGAACAGAUUCAGUUGAUUCCGAAGAAGACUCAGAUUCUGACGACGAAAGUUCUGGAGGUACGGAAGGUAGUUGUUCUUAUUCAAAUUCAGAUUCGGACUCGGACGACGAAAGUAGUGGCGACGAGGAGGAGGAUACGGGAUCCAAUUCAGAUUGUACAUCGGAACACAGCGAGCAAACAUUUUCCAUUCAAAAAACUAAUUUUGAGCCGGGAGCUCUUAAAUUAAAAAUCAGUAUGAAAGGCCCGAAAAAGGAGGAUCUGGAAAAGGAAAAAGGCAGAAGAAGCGUACCGAAAAAAGUCAAAUCGAAUCGCGGUGGAAAGUCGUCUGAAUGCAGCAGUGACGAUUCCGAUUCCUCAGAAAGUCGCUUACCCUCACAACACAUGCAGCAACAACAGCAACAAACGCAGCAAUCCCAGCAGCAACAACAACCGCAACAACAUCCACCGCUUCAAGAAAUCAAUCAGGAAGAUCUGGCGGCAAUUUUGCCAGAUCAAGAACACGAAGAUGCCCCGUUCGAUGGAUUUGAAGAUUCAGAAAGCGGUCGGUUAGUAUCGAAAGCUAUCGAGCGGAUGUCGCUCGGUGCAGAUUCAGAUACAAGCGAGAACGGUGAUCAGAAUCCUGUACCUGUGUAUAGUUCCACUUUAUUGCAACAAUUUGUUGAAAAGACGGCUCUGUUAUCCGAACCGAGGAAAAGGCGGAGUAAGUUAGGAAAGAAAUUGAACGAUUCGGAAUAUCCUUGUGUUUCGAAUGUGUCUCCGGACUCGGGUAUUCAAUCGGUGGAUAACAGUCCGUUGCAUUUGGCAAUCAGCCCCGUGAGUCCUCCAGCGCCGACACAAUCGCCGGUGCAACCCGUUAUCACAAAGCCAGCGGUGAACGUAGAUCGCGUUUUAUAUCCACCUAAACGAAAGCCCGGUAGGCCGGCGAAAACAGUUUCCACGCAGCCUCGUGGCCCAGGUAGGCCAAGGUUGAAACCGGAGAUUGUAGAAAAGAUUGAGAAAAUAGAAAAGACGGAAAAAACAGCGAAAAAUGAACGAACCGAGAAGAAAGAACCUCCCGCUCCACAACCAACAAAAAUCACGAAGGAAGAACCUCCUAAAAGAGGGAAAGCAAAGUCUGCGCCACAGAAAACUGUCGCAUCUCGGGUAGACAAAGACGAAGAAAAUAAUUCGGCUAAAAAGUUGAAGGAGAAACCAGCUUGUCAGAAGAAACGAAGUUGCAACGUUGCUAAACAGUGUACACAAACGAGUAAAGUAACUGGAAAGAGGAAUAACACCAGUUCCCCAGCGCGUAUCAAGUGCCUAAGUAGAACUGUUACGAAUAAGUACGGGAAGGAAGGAGUACAAUGCAAUGGUGGAACGUGUAAGAAAAUGGGAAAGAAUAAGUCCGGACCAGGGAACAAGACAACUUCGUUACGACGACAAAAGCAAUCGACUUGCGAGCGAGUUUCGAAUGAUAGAAAAGUAAUCAAUUCGAAUAAAAAGAGCCUGAAGGAGAAUAGAAGCAACACCGUUCCCUUAGCUAAACGGCAGGCAUCGUUGAAGAAGAACGUCGCGCCGGUUACGCGACGUGUGUUGAAAGAAAAUAAAAGUAGUAAGAAAGCAGGCGCUGGGUUCGAGACGAACGGCGUUGGUGUUCAAACACUGAUAUCUUUACCCGUCGGUGAGGUAUUAAAGGCCGAGAAAGUUGAAAAUGUAACCAAUAAAUGCGACAAGGCGACGCAACCUAUACACAAUCAUUGUCACAAACAUCAUCAUCACAAGCAUCGAAGACGAUUACUAUUGCCACCUAAGAAUCCUAUACGCAUACAUCCAUGUCUCAUACAAGAGUUAGAAAAAUUGAUCGAUGAAUUUUCCAGAUUGUGCAGCUUAGGUAGGAACAAUUCAAGCUCCGGUUAUUCCGAGUUACCUCAGAUUUUUCGCGUGAAAAAACUAACGAAGAAAAGGAAAGGAGGUGAUGUUACCGCGAACGAUGAUCAGAAACUAAAAAGACGUCUCAAGAAAGAGAAGAUACUGUCCGGGACGGAUUCGAAGAACAGUAUGAAUGCAAAUGCGAACUCGAAUCCAAAUGAGCAAAGGUUACCGUUAAAGAAGAGACAUUAUCACGUAUCCAGCCCUCAUAGUUCACAAAGUUCGAAUGCAAGCGGCACCGACGUGGCUGUCAAUGAAGCGAACUCUACCGAGAGUCACAUCGAAGAGGCAAUCGAAGCUACUAUAACGAGAUACGGAGGUAGCUCUGCAUUCUCCUUCCAAGAAGAUUCCGUACCUGUUACUCCUAAGAAAAGACACAGGGAUACCGAAGCUGGAAGCCCUGAUAAGUCGAGCGCAGCGUCUUCCGAUUUGUUGGAAGAGAAACCGUUGAGUCAGAUAGAAGUGCAACCGCGUCGUAAAAAGAAAAUCGUCAAAGAUCUUCGCGUGACAGUCACGAAAUUACCUGUCGAGAGUCACGGCGCGUUGGAGAAAGCCGAGAAGGACAAGGACAAGGCUGAGAAAGCUGAUAGCAAAGCUGACAAAUCAGAGAAAUCCUCGAGUGAUUCCAGAAGUGUGAAAAGUCGCGCGGAAAAGAGCAGCAGGGGCGAGAAAGUGGCCACGGAGAAAUUAAUAAAAAACGAUAAAAAUCAAGCGGACAAGAUUGAGAAACGAGAUAUGUCGCCGGAUCAUGUACGUUUGGAGAAGAAUAUAAAAAUCGACGCGGCGGAAUUUAACGCAGUGGAGAGUUUUGAUGAAAAUGAUACAGCGAACGAGACUAAACCGUCACAAAAUAGUCUCAAUCCAAAUGUACCAAAUCCGUUGAAUUCCGCCGCUGUAUUGGUUUUGACCAAGAAGAAGAUGAGACGGCGUAAAGCCAUAAAUCGUACAGGCUUCCCGACGCUGAAGAAGAAGAAAAAGAGAUCCUUGAACGCAAACGAGACGUCGACGGAUACGUCGAGAACCGUAGCUUCGACCAACGAAGAUGGCACCGAGGCUGAUGGCGAGAGUUCAACGAAAGAAGGAAUCGAGGAUUCAGUAGUAGAUAGCAAAACGAGCGUAUUGAACAACACCGAGAUACAAGAUGCAUUUACCGAAGAGUCCUCGACUAAACACAGCAACAACAAUCUUCCGCAAAAUCGCGUUCAAUCGAAAGCUGAUCCGACUGCAAAUCCAGAUUCUAAUUCACCAAAGUCAGAGACGAAUGGCCACGUUCGUUCUGACGAAACUGUUGAACCUCGAUCUGGCCAAUUAAGAGUCCGUAAGGAUCUAGUAGAAAUAGACAGCGACAAUGCACUGAGCAAAUUAUGCCCCGUUAAAUUUGAGAAGAUACAAGAUUCCAGAUCGUACGACGAAAAUGCAUCCUUGGAAGAGUCCAUCGAGCGAUUCACUGCGAAUCAACGUGUUGCUGAAUUAAGCGAAGAGAAUGUAAAGAGGCUCGAACGCGCAAACUCUCAAACGAACAUCAAAACUGAACAUUCGAGCUCUUUUAAUGGUAAUCAGAAGAAACGACGGGGUUCUUCGAGCCCCUGUAAUUUGACUCCUAGAAAUAUGAAGAGAUUGCGUAGCUCUGGUUAUGACACGGAAAAUGACAUUCUACCUAGCAACGACAUUCUCAACGAUGAUCACGAGGUGGGGAAACACUCGAGCUCGACACAUACGAGAAAGAAGCAAUCUCGGUGGAAGAAACGUUAUUUACAGGGGGGCAUUUUGCAAGAAUAUGGCAAAGACUUUGAAGGGAAAACGCGUGGUAGCAUCGAAAAUAGUAAUGCCAUUGGAAGGAAUAAGGUUAUAUGCGAAACAAAUGAAUCUCCAUCUGCUGCGUUAUUAUCCGCUACGUAUCAAUGUGGCAAGUUUUUACGACAAAGAAAAAUGCCGUUUCAGUUGCCAUAUGAUUUAUGGUGGCUACAUACACAAUCUAGACUACCUGGCAGAGAGUCAGUUCCAUCGUGGAAUUACAAGAAAAUUCGUACUAACGUGUAUUACGACGUCAAGCCCACUACACUUUACGAAGCGCAAGCUUGCGAAUGUAAACCAGAAAGCGGCUGCGGGGAUGAUUGUAUCAAUCGCAUGGUUUUCAGCGAAUGUUCUCCACAGCUUUGCCCCUGUGGCGAUAAGUGUGAAAAUCAGAAAAUACAGAAACACGAAUGGGCACCGGGUUUGCAAAAAUUCAUGACAGAGGAUAAAGGUUGGGGUGUAAGGACUCAACAGGCUAUCAAGUCUGGUGUCUUUAUCCUUGAAUAUGUUGGAGAAGUAGUGUCCGAAAGAGAAUUCAAGUCAAGAAUGGCGACCAGGUAUGCCAAUGACACACAUCACUAUUGUCUGCAUCUCGAUGGAGGUUUGGUAAUUGAUGGUCAUCGUAUGGGUGGUGAUGGAAGAUUCGUAAAUCAUUCUUGUGAACCUAAUUGCGAGAUGCAAAAGUGGAGCGUUCACGGUCUUCCACGAAUGGCGUUGUUCGCUUCUAGAGACAUUAAAUCAGGAGAAGAACUGACAUAUGAUUAUAACUUUGCACUUUUUAAUCCAUCUGAGGGACAAGAAUGCAGAUGCGGUAGUAGUGCUUGUAGAGGAGUGAUUGGUGGAAAAAGUCAAAGGGUCUCAAAAAGCAUUACUUCCAUUCCAUCGCAAUUAGAACCCACAGAGAGGCGAUCGGUUGGAAGACCAAGGAAGAAUGUAAGAAAAUCUAACACAGUGCAGUCUGUGAACUCGAAAGGCAUUUGUAAAUCUCGAAAAGUUGGCGAUUCCAGUUUGAUUCACGCGCCUGUGCUAAAACCUAUGUCUCAUCAGCAACGAUGCUUUGCUCAGCAACAUCAUUGCUUCUUGUUAAGAAAUUUAGAAAAAGUCAGACGAGUUAAAUUGUUGGUAAAUCAAGUACAAAUGCAAAAUGGCAAAGUGAAAUGUGGUAACGCAAUAAAUAUAAAAGAAAAAAGUUCAGGAGACGCUAAAAUUCAAUCUGACGCAUUCUUCUCACAAUUAACUGCUUUGACUAAUACAAAUACCCGAACCGUACGAACUCGACGUUUAGCUCAAGCUCAAGAUGACCCAGAAGUGCAUAAAACUGCAAAAUUGGCCAAGAGGAAGUUACCUGAUUAUUAUGAAAAAAUAUCAGACCCUAUAGAUUUGACAACUAUCGAUCAGUGCAUUGGUACAGGUCACUAUAAAACUGCAGAACAUUUUGAUCACGAUAUGAUCAAACUUUUUGACAACAAUGUGAGAUUCUUCGGGAGAACCUCGGAAAUGGGUAUUGCCGCAGCUAGACUCAGAAAGUUAUAUUUAGGAAGCAAGCCCGAUUUCGUGGAUGCAAUAACUGAAGCAGUGGGUUGUCCUCCAUCUCAAGGCUUUUUACCUCCUCGUGGUUCAACUGCAGGCGAAGAAGAUGUUAUUAGAUGUAUUUGUGGCUUGCAUAGGGAUGAAGGUUUAAUGAUUCAAUGUGAACGUUGUCUCGUAUGGCAACAUUGUGAUUGUGUUAAAGCUGACACUACUAUAGAGUCUUAUUUAUGCGAGAGAUGUCAUCCACGUCCCGUUGAUUUGGAAAUCCCACUAGAGGGUGAUGAGGAAGAAGAAGGUAAAAAACAUUAUGUUACUCUGAUGCGUGGUGAUUUACAACUUAGACAGGGAGACACUGUUUACGUAUUGAGAGAUACUCCCGAAAAACAUACGUACAAAACCAUUCAAAAACCUGAUUAUGAGCAAAUGGACAUCUUUAGAAUCGAGAGACUUUGGAAAAAUUCGGAACCACACGAAACGUAUCACGAACCAACCAGGAAGUUCUAUGAGAAUGAAGUCGUAUGUGCACCACUUUAUGAAGCCGUUCCAUGCGAUUUGGUUGCUGAGCGCUGUUGGGUUCUCGACCCUCAUACGUAUUGUAAAGGACGGCCAGUUGGUUCUACACCGGAGCAUACUUAUGUUUGCGAGUAUCGCGUUGAUCGUGCAGCACGAUUAUUUACAAAAGUUGCUAGAGCUAGACAUCAGGUUUGCACAAAACCUUAUGCAUUCGAAACGUUCCCACAACGCAUUAAGCAUUAUCGUACAUAUUUGCCGCAUAGUCUUGAAGGAAUUCAAAUUGGAGGUAAAAUGAACAAAGAGAAAAAGAAGGGUAACAAUCAAGAUAUUGAUAAUAAUCACAAGUCCGAAUCAAGUGAAAAUACAAAAACGCACAUCAAGGAUCAACAAAAAUCUUCUAUGAGUAAAAGUAGACGAAAAUCGAAUGAAAUGUUAUCCAUUGUUACACCUACAACAUCGUAUGCUCAGAGAGAAGAACAAAGAAGAAGAUUGAACAAUAUUUUAAUCGCUCUAUUACAAAAAAUGCCGAACAAAAAGGAUCCUUUGGAUUUGUCAUUUUUAUUAGAGAGAAAUAGGCGAAAUCGUAAAAGGCCAGGUGGAUUAAAUCCGUGACAUUGGAUUAUACAUGAUCGAUAAUAAGAAACUAUCUAUACAUAUAUAUGUGUGUGUGUGUGUGUGUGCUGUUUGAUACCUAGAAUAGGCAUGCACGCGCACACACAUAUUACCACAGGUAAUACAUGCCACUCCUAAUUUCUAUUGCAGACAAAUCUGUAAUGAGGGUGGUUCGAUCGAUCGAUUUUUUCAUUUCGCUGUACGUAAUCGAUGUCAUCUAAUCCGUUUCGUAAGCAAAACGGUACACAAUGCGUUUUCUUCUUCUUAUACUAUGACCCGUCCAUUCGUAUAAUUUAAUCUUAAACACGAAGGCAUCCUCUCGAAGGACAUUGGUCGAGAUCUUUUUAUAUGUUUUUUGUUGUUUUUUAUAUGCUCAAAACUAUAGAAAAUUGUCUAUAGUCUUUUGGCAUCGUUUUGGUAUUUUAAACUAUCUUCUUCGCUCAGGCUGGAAGUUAUUAAAAUGGGAAAAUUAAUAUUAUAAUAAAUUCGAAUAGAACGGUGAGGAAAUGUUCGAUACCUUCUUUCUUUUGGAAUAUUCCAAAUAAUUCAAUGUUGUGGUCUAUAAAUUUCUAAAAAUUUCAAUUGUAUAAAAGUAGUUUGUUUUCAUAAAAUGAAUCGACUCAAGUUGAGAAAAUUAAAUCCCGUACGUGGAAGAAUGUAUCUGAAUCUAACGAGAGCUAUUAUUUCCAAUAUAAUUCUAAUAUGAUUAGAAUUGCGAAAUUGUAUAAAAGUAAUUUGUAAAUUUCUUUCAUAGAAUAUACUUAA